UUUCGUGCGAUCUUUCCAGACUGCUCUUACAGUCACUCGUAUUUUGGCCGGGACCUGACGUUUUCCUGAUUUCGAAAGUAAGGCCUCAUUUUCUCCAUCAACUCAGAAGCACGUUUUAAGAUGACUGAUGUGGACGUGCAAUUUUACGGCUCUCAUCACCUACAUCUCAACCCAUUCGACAAGAUGCCUGACGUCGAAGACGAAGUAAGGAACAUUGCAGGUUCCUUGAUAGCCGGCCAGACUGAUUCUGCAGAUUUUGAGAGCGAGAUUGUCCGAUGCCAGGAACGGAGUUACUUCGAGGGACUCUUGGACGGGGAUGCCCCGGAAAUUUCUACAGCUUUUUACGCCAAAGAAGAUGGACCCCAAAACGGGACUUCACCGGAUGAUUCUUCUCAUUCAAGCGAGGAGGCAAAACUCAGCCAACCCGUAGUUCGUGUACAAGGCAACGGCAUUCCAGCGUCGUACGAAGUUCGAGGUCUUCGACAACAUGAGAUGCCCGUGAUCGGUAUGCAGAUUGACCCUCGCAUCAUGCCAGGAUUCAGGUACCGAGUCCGCAUUCUCAGCGGCGAUUCUACCGAAAUGACCCAAGAAACUCCCCGCUACCAGUUCCGCGGCGAACCCCUCCAUCUCCUCCGUAUCGGACAAGGGUACGGCAAGCGGCUAACCUUCACAUCGGAAAGCCUGAACGACAACACCAACUUCUUCUGGUCCGAUACCAAUCCUAGCGGCUACGGAUUCGGCAUUGUGGCCGUCCAGACGGGAGACGAGAUGGUUCUGACCGAUCUGGCCCGGCGGCCGAUCGGCACCGGCACGGUUGAAGAGGCUAGCCCCUGCCAACUUGAACUCGGAACGGAGACCUUGGACGAUCGCGACACGGGCAAGAAAGCUCUCGUUAAGCGGGUCUCCGUGAUCAUGAAAGUGCGGCUACGGUACACGUGCGAGAGGCACGGGAUACGGUCAAUCCGGGCGUCCGAGACGGUGAUUGUUAGGGGAGUAGCUCAGGUCAUCAAACGGUCCGGAGAGAGCAAAGCCUACACCAAGUGUAUCGAGCAGCUGGAACUCCCUCAUCUCGGAGAAUGCUUGCUGUACUUGUCCUAGUCCUGCCACAGUACUAAAAUAUUUAAACAACAAAAUAAGCAGCUGUAAAAGAUUACUUCCUGAACUGCAUCCAAAGUUCCAAACCAAAGAAACCCCCCUCUCCCCCCCCCCCCCCCUCCCGAAAAAAAAAUUCAGUGACCCAAACCCAAGUGAUAUUUUGUGUGGCUUCCGUCAAUUAGAUCGAUGAUAAUCUCAUUCUUAAUCUUCCUUGUGAUUAACCACACAUACUACAUUGUACACAGCAACAGCGACGGUCAUCUUUUUUCCAUUUCUUAAGACUGUCAUCAAGUGUUUGUCCUUUGAAUUUGGAAAGCUUUGAUACCCUUAAGUGUCGACAUAACUUGUUGUCUUUUCUGAAAAGCCCGGCUUGCCUGUAAGUGUAUUGUUAUGUUGUAUAAUUAAGUACACACAUUCUAGGGCAGCUCGCAUUAAAUUUAUCGCAUUUUACACGAGAUGCAGUUUACAAACGCCUUCUUAGAAACCGUUUCAGAAAUAUUUCUUCCUGACUUAAAACAGAAAUACUAAACAACGCGACCAAGCAGCAAAACAAUGCAAGAACGAAUAUACAUGUAAUCGUUAAGAAUUAUACGCACUAUAAAGUUUUAAAUCAAUUAACACUCAGUGAGAUUUAUAACUCAUUUUGCCGCAUUUAAGUCACAAAAGUGCUGAUUAAUCCAAUGAAAGUGUACAUAAAAAAUGUGUUAAACUUGAAA